CGAUGUUGAAUGUGGAACAACUCUGGUUGGAGUAGAAAUAAAUUUGGGAUCGACGGCUGGUCCGUUCAAAGUAAUAAGACUUUUUUUGUCAGUUUCAUUAGUUCAGUGAGAAGCCUAAGCAACUGGUACUCCACCCUUAUAUCACGUAAAUCAUACAAAGGGGUUUUCUUUCUAGAGAGAAGAACUUUACAGAUAGCACAAAUUGGUUGUGGGGAACGUGUUGGUCGACAGUUAUUUCGAAAGAGGUUUCUAUAUCAAUAUAAUAUUCGUAGAGCCAUGGCAUGGCUCUCUCGUGGUAGGAACCAGGCCGAAUUGGUAAAGGCACUGAAGGAAAAUGGACUGAUAAAAACGGAAAGAGUUGAGAGGACGUUGCUUGCUGUAGAUAGAGGCCAUUUCUGUAAAUAUAGACCUUAUGAAGAUGCUCCACAACCCAUUGGUUGGAAUGCGACCAUAAGUGCUCCACAUAUGCACGUGACGUGUUUAGAAUUGCUCAACGAACACUUGAAACCUGGAAGUAAGGCAUUAGAUAUUGGGUCGGGUUCUGGUUAUUUAACAGCUUGUAUGGGUAUUAUGGUUAGACCAAAGGGUCUCGUUGUGGGUAUUGAACACAUUCCGGGUCUUGCUCAACAGUCUCUUGAGAACAUUGAAAGGAGCCAGAAGAGUUUAUUGGAAGAAGGGGUUGUAAGAGUUAUGGUAGAUGAUGGAAGGAAAGGCUUCCUGGAGGGUGCGCCAUUUGACGCUAUUCAUGUCGGUGCUGCAGCAGGUACCGUUCCUCGAGUACUUUUAGACCAAUUGGCUCCUGGUGGUCGCAUGUUGAUACCAGAAGGUACGUCAGAACAAGAGUUGGUUCAAUAUGACAAGGCAAAAGAUGGCACGGUUUCGAAAAAGCAUAUUACCUUUGUUAGAUAUGUUCCGCUUUGCUCUCUGGAUCAGCAAAUUCGUGGCAUAUAGUUGACUUUAUUGCUGAUAUUAUUCGAACUCUACAUGUCCUGUUAGAAGGAAGAAACAAAGUUAACUCACU